UCGCAUAGUCCACAGGCACCGACUCCAUUGCAGCAAACGCCAGCUUACCCACCAAUGGCAACGACGGGACGUGAGGAAGCGAGGCCACUAGAUUACUCAGCGACGAAGAAGCUUCCACGGCGGUUCGCGCGGCAGGGAUCAAGGAGGAAGAUGAGUGCAUCUGCAGUUCUUUUCUGUUUCUUCCCUCGCUUUCUUAAUUUGUCCGGGUGAUCGAACCUGCCGAGUGACAUACUAACCCAGCUUUUACUAAUCGACUUCGAAAGUCAAUAGAUGGCAAACUGGCAUUGCCAUUGAAAAAGCUUCAAUGGUACAGCUUUUAGUCAUGCUGGAGUGUGGUUCGAGUCGUUGACCCUUUCCUUAUGGAUCGUGUCCUAGGUUCCCAGCGACCUUCUGAGCACGUGGUAGAGAAAGGGAAAGAACUACGAGACGACUUGGGUCUUUGUUUAUUGAGAAUAACUGAUAUAGGUGCGAACUCUGACUCUGAUCUGUUAUUUGCUGACGAUCUUCUACCAUCACCCUACUUUAUGUUGGGUCACUCAGAGACAGGAGGCAUGUGGGAUUGGCUUGAUCAUUGGUGUCAUUGCAGUUUCCAUUUGAGAGAAGUCCUUUUGUUUCGGAGUGCUUGAUUGUCCCACUUAAUUUGACUUUCUUCUUUAUUUGUUAGAUCAGAAAAGUCCCCCGUCAUGUUCCUUGCAGAUUGGAUCAUCCUUAUAGUGCGGUGAUGAGGAAAAUACAAAAAUAACAGCAAGGGAAAAAGAUUGACUUUGGCUCCUUGUCUACACACAACCAUUUCUAUAUAAGUGGCAGAAAUUACAGGACCAGUCUCAAAUCUUCUGCGAGUGCAUAUGCAACAUACACUGUCCUUUCCAGCAGUGCCUUCCUCAGACAAUCAGAAAUGCGGGAAGCUUCAUCUGCCUACUCUCUCGGCUAAUCCAUGUUAUGAAACUCAAGAAAGCUCAAAAGUUUAUCGCGAGAGUCUUGGCAGAGACACCAUUGCCGAUGUUGCUAAAGAGGCUGCUUCUGCAGUUGUUACCAUACAUGUUUUUGACCAGGAGUCAGAGGGAAUGUGUUCUGGUAUCAUUAUUCGGGAGGAUGGCCUCAUUUUAACAUGUGCUCAUGAAAUCUCUCAAGGUGGCCAGAUUUUUGUAUAUUUACGGGAUGGCGAACGAUACAAGAGCAGAUUGGUUGUUGCUUAUUUGGAUCUUGACAUUGCCCUAUUGAAGAUUAGUUCUCCAACUAGGAAUGGAUUUUCGAAGGCAAAAAUUGGCUCCGCAAGCAAGCUUCGCCCUGGGCACUUGGUGAUUGCCAUUGGCUGCCCGCUUUCCCUAACAUAUACUGUUACUUUGGGUAUCAUAAGCUCUGAGUGCCGCCCAAGCAGCAAGCUGCACGAAAAAGGAGUGGAAAGAGAUUUUAUGCAGUUGGAUUGUUCAAUCGCUCAAGGAAAUUCAGGGGGUCCUCUUUUCAACAUUGACAAAGAACUUGUUGGAAUUAAUGUUUUCUGUUCAAAAACUGCACCUGGGAUGAGCUUCGCUAUACCAAUAGAUAACAUCUUGGAACUCCUAGGCCCAAAGCGCGAACGGAAUGCUGUUCAACCUGAAAGUGGAUGGAUUAUAUAUGACUUCUAUGGGAUGAUGAUUAACCAGAGAGACCCUUCAUUUCCUGAUCAACAAGGAGUUCGUGUACUCAAGGUGAGAGGAGGCUCCUCAGCUGAACGUGCUGGUAUCAAACAAGGUGAUUGGAUUCUAAAGUUCAAUGGCAUACCAAUCCAUGGAGACAUUCGAGAGAUCAUGCAUGUUUUGAAGGGCAAGUACGGGCAAAUGAUCUACGUUACUCUAAAGGGACGAGAAGGUGCUGCCACCCGCGUAGAUCCCGAUCCAGAAAAUCAUCACGCUCCAAGAAUUUCGAAUCUUCCGAGAUCCAAAAUGUGAUUUACCUUAUCUGCAUUUGUGGCAUAAACCGAAUUGCCUCGUCUUAUUUCUGGGUUCUCAUUGUUAGGAGAUGAUGAUUUCAAAGCCAUGGAAUCAUAUCCAGUGGCAAAAUAAGAAUGUGACGUAGUUCUGUAAUAACAAAGCUUAAUGCUUGUUCUUUUC